AUGAUAAAAGCCACCCUUAGUCAUCCUGGGGAGACGAUAAAAUUUCCUAGUUGUCAGGAAUUGAAAGGGUGGAUCCUCCCAGAUGCAGUAAAAGAGAUGCAACAAUAUGUAACAGAGAUGAAAAAUUCACGGGCAAACACCAGUUGCAGCGUCUUGCUAGAUGGAUGGGUAGAUUCAAAAGGUCGAAAUCUGAUUAAUAUCUCAGUGUACUGCCCGAGGGGCACUGUUUAUCUUCGAUCAUCAGAUAUUUCAUCUUUUAAUGGCAAUGUUGAUCCGAUGCUAUUAUUCUUUGAGGAAGUUGUUGAGGAAGUUGAAGUUGAAAAUGUGGUGCAAAUAGUUGCGUACUCGACAUCUGCAUGCAUGAUGGAAGGAGGCAAGAAACUAAUGGAAAAACGCAAGACAGUUUUUUGGACAGUAGAUGCUUCUCAAUGCAUGGAACUCAUCCAAGCUACUUUCCUAAAGCUUCUUAGAGAUGCUUGUCCGGAUGAGCUAGUAAAGCCUUCAAAGAUAACGUCAAUUGUGCCCUCUUUGACUCUGGAGAACAUUCUAUCACGGCAAGAACACUUAGUUACGAUGUUUCAGUCUUCUAAUUGGCGUAUCUCAAUCUUGGCUUCUACGAGUGAGGGUAAAAGAAUGUCGGAAACAGUUGAAGAUCAGUCCUGUUGGACCAGGGCUUUGAAGGCUGUGAAAGUAACGAUUCCCCUGGUGGAAGUUAUAAAAUUGCUAAAUGGUAAUAAUAAGCCACAAGUUGGUUUUAUAUAUGGUACAUUAGAUCAAUAA